AGCCGCCCUACCUGCUCUCGGUCCUCUGCGGCUCGAGCCCCCAAGUCCUGCUCGCUUUCCCCCAGCUCAUCGGCCUCCUCCUGCCGCCUUUCUACCUGGCCCACCUCUAGGCGAUCCCCGACUCCCUUCUUCAUGGCGUCGCUUCUGUGCUGUGGGCCCAAGCUGGCCGCCUGCGGCAUCGUCCUUAGCGCCUGGGGAGUGAUCAUGUUGAUAAUGCUCGGAAUCUUUUUCAAUGUCCACUCUGCUGUGCUCAUUGAGGACGUUCCUUUCACGGAGAAAGAUUUUGAGAAUGGCCCCCAGGACAUAUACAAGCUCUACGAGCAAGUCAGCUACAACUGUUUUAUCGCCGCGGGCCUUUACCUUCUCCUCGGAGGCUUCUCUUUCUGCCAAGUUCGGCUCAAUAAGCGCAAGGAAUAUAUGGUGCGCUAGAGCACCACUGCGUUUCCCCCUCCAGCCCCCUCUUCUAUUUAAAGACCACCCGGUCAACCCCGCCCCCGCCCCGCCCCGCCCAUUCUGGAGCCCUCUGCGGACUGGGUUUCCCUGGCUAGAGAUGGAAUCCCUUGUUCACCAACCUCGGGAGACUGCCCCCAGUGGAGGGAGGCUAGGGCUGGCCGUCCCCUAUCCCUCUGGCCCUCUUGCCAUGUCCGGUUCCACAAUAAAAGAGAAACUGCUCUCUGAA